UUUCCCUCGUAUUUGCUGUCUUGUGCUGGUUCGUUUUGUGCUACUUUGGACUGUUUUGGUCUACCUUGUAUUGUUUGGACUACUUGUACUAAUCGGACUACCUUGUACUGUUUGGAUUACCUCGAGUUACUCCGUGAUCCUCGUCAUUUCAGAACUGGAAGCAGUGGAGAAGCAGAUCCACGAUCUACUCGAGAGGCAAACACGUCUGCGAGAACGAAAAAUGGCGCUGGAAACAUCCCUGGCUGACGCUCGCAAAGCUGCAGUAAGUGUUCGACGUGAUUGUAAUACUCCUAUCACUUCUACUCCGUGUGUUUCUAUGCACAGAGCCCAGGCUUUAAGAUCACGACGAGCCGAAAUGAACUUCACUCCUGCACCUGCACACACACGGCGAGAGGCGAAAUCCAGGACCGGAGCGAUGACCUCUCCCCCACCGCCGCCACCGGUCUUCGAGAUUUCAACAGGAAAACGCUAUGCUGCCCUCUGCGAGACGAAAUCCAACGCUGUGGUCAUCGGAGACUCAAUCGUCGGGAACGUACGCGCCUCCUUCAAUGAAGGUAAGGUGCGCACUCACUGUUUUCCUGGCACCCAUGUUCUCGAUGUCUCUGCGAUUCUGAAGGAGGAUGCAAGUGUGGGAGCCGUAGUUCUGCACGCGGGGGUGAAUGAUGUGAGAAUGCGGCAGUCGGAGAUCCUGAAGAGGGAUUUCAGGAGUCUGGUCGAUACUGUUCGCAACGCAUCGCCCACGGCGAGGAUCAUCGUAUCAGGGCCGCUUCCUACUUACCGACGAGGGAACAAAAAGUUCAGUAGACUAUUUACGCUUAAUAAUUGGUUAAAGUCAUGGUGUAUUGAACAGAAGCUGCUCUUUGUAAAUAAUUUUGAUCUGUUCUGGGAGCGACCAAGGCUCUUCCGCCCCGACGGGCUGCACCCCAGCAGCAUUGGAGCGGAAAUUCUGUCUGACAACAUCUCAAAGACGCUACGCACCAUUUGACUAGUAAGUACAAAUUUUAACCAUAGUCUGUGUUCUUCUCACCCAACUGUUAAGAAUGUUACAGUUAAGAAUGUAACUGCUUUCAAAUGCAUAGAGACUGUGUCUGUCCCCCGAAUAGUACAACCAAAUAAUAAUUUAUUUAAAAGUAUGAGAAAAAAUCUUAUCAUGAUUAAACCAAAAGACAAUGUAUUUAAUGAGCAAAACCAACGCCUAAAGUUUGGGCUACUUAAUAUUAGAUCACUAAAUCCAAAGGCAGUUAUUGUAAAUGAAAUGAUCACAGACAACAGUUUUGAUAUACUUUGCCUUACUGAAACCUGGCUUAAGCCAAAUGAUUACUUCGGUCUAAAUGAGUCUACUCCACCAAGUUACGGUUAUAUUCAUGAGCCACGUCCGGUUGGUCGAGGUGGUGGUGUCGCAACAAUCUUUAGAGACUUUCUUACCGUUACUCGGAGAACAAUGCAUACAUUUAAAUCAUUUGAAGUGCUUGCGUUGAACAUAACUGUUCCAAAUAAAAGUAAAAAACCAUUGGUCUCUCUUACAUUGGUUACUGUGUAUAGACCCCAGGCCUUACACUAAUUUUCUGAUAGAGUUCGCAGACUUCUAAUCGGAUCUAUUGGUUAACGUCGAUAAAGUACUGAUUGUUGGAGAUUUUAAUAUCCAUGUAGAUAUUGCUAACGAUCCAUUAGCUGUGGCGUUUAAAGAACUACUAGACUCUUGUGAUGUAACACAAUACAUCAAUAGUCCUACUCAUCGCCUUAAUCAUACCCUAGACUUGAUUAUAUCUCACGGAGCCGAUCUAACCAAUAUCAAUGUUAUACCUCAAAGCGACGAUGUUUCCGAUCACCAUCUUAUAACAUGUACACUGCGCACUGCAGAAAUCAGUUGUAUAUCUCGUUAUCGACAAGGUAGAACAAUCACCUCAUCUACUAAAGAUAGUUUCGUAAAGAACUUGCCAGAUCUGACUCCUCUAAUAACCUUUCCAACAAAUAUAGAAUCGCUCGAUGACAUGACCAGCAACAUGGGCACUAUUUUCUCUAAUACAUUAGAAGCGGUCGCACCUAUGAAGUCAAAAAGGAUAAAUGAAAAGAUCAUAGCACCAUGGUAUAAUAACAGCACUCGCGCCUUAAAAAGAGAAACGCGUAAACUGGAGCGCAAAUGGAAACAAACCCAAUUAGAGGUCUUUAAAAUUGCAUGGAAAGAGAGUGCAAGCUGUUACAAAAAGGCACUAAAAGCGGCAAAAGCCGAGCACUUCCGUAACCUCAUAGAAAAUAAAAAAAAACCAUCACGCUCUCUAAGAUCUCAAAAUUUAGGACUUUUGAUAACACCUAGAAUAACAAAAUCCACCAAAGGGGGACGAGCUUUCUCAUACGUAGCACCUAAACUCUGGAAUAGCCUUCCUGAUACUAUUCGAGGUUCAGACACACUCUCCCAAUUUAAAUCUAGAUUAAAGACACAUCUUUUCAGCCAAGCCUUCACAUAAUGCAUAGUUAAUGAACAGCAGCUACGCUAAUUAUUCUCUUUAUUCUCUUUCCGCCUCUGCCUCGGGAUGCCCAUCCCGAGGUAGGGAGAAGUUCCACCGUGUCCAGACGACUGACAGAUGCCCAUCCCCAAUUUGAGAUUACGCCAGAUACAGCUGCAGACUGACUGACCAUCCCAGCUCCAUCUAAGGCAAUUCCACCACCAGCCAAGAGAAAUAUGACCAUCAGACCAUCCCAGCUCAGACCACUACAUCCCCAACCAAGAGCAAAGACGGACUAUUUGUCUAAUUAAUGCUGAAGUUACAAUAUUUGUUAUUAAAUGCUAAAUUUAAAUCACAUGUCAGCAGUUUGAGUGCAGCUAUGACACGUCAGGGGGGAUCUGGCCCUCCCGGUUGAGCCUGGUUUCUCCCGAGGUUUUUUUCUCCAUUAAUCAAUCAUUGGAGUUUGGGUUCCUCGCCACAGCAGGGCAGUGUUGGCCUGCUCACCGGGAGACUGCAUUCAUUCAUUUAUUUAUUUAUUUAGAAAUUAGAUAUUAUUUAUUAGAAUCAUCUUACUCGUUGUAUAAACACCAUGCACUGUGCUGUGUUCUAACUUAUCUGUUUUUCCCGUUUGCCCCUGUAAAGCUGCUUUGAAACAAUACACAUUGUGAAAAGCGCUAUAUAAAUAAAUUUGAAUUGAAUUGAA